CACCUCUCUCUCUCUUAAAACACAAACUUUUCUCUUCCUUUUUACUCUUAAGACAAAGCGCAUAUCGAAAAAAAAAAAAAAAAAAGAUGUUCUUCCCUGUGGUACUUCUGAAGCUAGCAGACUGGGUGUUGUACCAGCUGUUGGCGAAUUCAUGUUAUAGAGCGGCAAGGAAGAUGAGAAACUACGGUUUCCUCUUGGAAAACAACUCUUCUCUAAGGUCUCAACAACACCCUCCUUUGUAUCCAGCAAUAUCCAAGUUUGUCCUCGAAAGUUCUAGAGAAUCCGAAACUCUUGUCUCAGACUUCCAUGGAGUUCUUCUCAGGUCCCACUCUUUCUUCCCCUACUUCAUGCUCGUCGCCUUCGAAGGCGGCGGGAUAUUCCGAGCUCUUCUCUUGCUUUUAUCAUGCUCUUUCCUGUGGCUUUUGGACUACGAGAUGAAACUCAAGGUCAUGAUUUUCAUAUCCUUUUGUGGGCUCAAAACCAAGGACAUGGAUAACGUUGGUAGAGCUGUUUUGCCUAAGUUUUACUUGGAGAAUCUCAACCUUUUGGCCUAUGAGGUUUUCUCUUCGGCGGGUUCUAGGUUUGUCUUCACGAGUCUCCCCAGGGUUAUGGUUGAAGGCUUUCUUAAGGAGUAUUUGAGCGUUGAUGAAGUUUUGGGGACUGAGUUGCAAACUUCUGGUAAAUACUUCACCGGUUUUGUGUCUGAAUCUGGUUUACUUGUUAAGCACAGAGCUUUGAAGGAACAUUUUGGUGAUAAAAAGCCUGAUAUUGGACUUGGAACUUCUAGCUUUCAUGACCAACUUCUUCUCUCCCUUUGCAAGGAAGGUUUCAUAGUGAACGUGAAAGAUCAAGACAAAAGCUCAAUAAUAAUGCCAAGGGAAAAGUACCCAAAGCCCUUAAUAUUUCACGACGGAAGGCUUGCUUUUUUGCCCACCCCAUCUUCAACUCUUGCAAUGUUUUUAUGGCUUCCCAUUGGAAUAAUCCUUGCCAUAUUCCGGAUCUCAAUGGGCUUCCUUCCAUUUACACUCGGAACCCCAUUGGGAAUUUAUGCCGGUGUGGACAUAACAGUCAAAGGGCCCACAAAAUACGCUUCCUCAUCAUCAUCAGACGGCCAAAAGGGGAUCCUCUUCGUGUGCAACCAUAGAACUCUUGUGGACCCGGUUUUUCUAAGCAUAUCAUUGGCCAGAUCCGUCACCGCCGUCACCUACAGCCUAAGCAAGAUGUCGGAGAUCAUCGCGACGAUUCGGACGGUGAGAUUGACGAGAGACAGGGAGCAAGAUGGGGCAACCAUGAAGAGAUUGCUUAGUGAAGGUGAUUUGGUGGUUUGUCCCGAAGGAACUACUUGUAGAGAGCCUUAUUUGUUGAGGUUUAGUUCUUUGUUUGCCGAGUUAAGUGAUGAUAUUGUCCCCGUGGCUGUUACCACACGUGUGAGCAUGUUUUAUGGGACUACGGCUAGUGGGCUAAAAUGGUUGGACCCGUUUUUCUUCUUCAUGAAUCCUAGGCCCGGAUAUUCCCUCCAUUUUCUCGGGAAAAUUCCUAAGGAAAUGACUUGUGGGGGUGGGAAAACAAGCUGUGAAGUGGCUAAUUAUAUACAGAAACAACUGGCUGACACUUUGGGAUUUGAGUGCACAACUCUCACGAGGAGGGACAAGUAUUUGAUGUUAGCCGGGAAUGAAGGAAUAGUCGGUGAUAACAAGAGAAGGAAACCCUAUUUUUAAACCCCCGAAAAAAAAAAAUGUUACUUUUCUUAUAUCUUAUAACAUAUAUUAUAUAUGUGUAAGGUAAUUUUCUUUCUUACCAAAAUGUAUUCUUUUCCCGGUCUCCUUUUUAUUGUUCACUUAUUUGGAAAAGGCUCGAGGACCAGUACUAUAUAUUGUCUUUAAUAUUGUUUUUUACUUAUAAAUGUUGUGAAUUAAUUAAUGAAGUGUCAAUCGUGCCUUGAUUUCUUUUCUUUGGGUUGUUGGUACGUGACACGUCUUGUAGUAGUACAUAU